AUGGAGCUAAUCAAGGCAGUUGGUCUAAUGAAAAAUGUGACUGCUCUGCCUCAAUGCUAUGAAGGGCUAGUCAAAGAAUUCAUUGUAAACAUUCCUGAUGAGAGUUAUGGAAAAAGCAGCAGGGAGGUCUGCAAAGUGGUUGUUAGGGGUAAGUGUGUGAAUCUUUCACCAAUCAUCAUCAACAGGUUCCUGGAAAGAGGAACUAAUGAAGGAGUAUAUCUAGAGGCCACAAAUAAUGAGAUCUGUAGGAUGAUUACAGCUGGCCAAGUUAAUGAAUGGCCCAGUAGGAAACACCUUGCAGCUAGUAAACUAACUGUCAAACAUGCUUCCACCAAUGCUAUAAAGUUGCCCAUUGCUUUCCCAUCUAUCAUCUGUGGGAUCAUCCUGAGUCAACAACUAGGAACCCUGAGGACAAGUGAUAUUCCUAGCAGGAGGAAAACCCCUUUGUCCAUCCAUUACAAGCUGUUUGAGGAAAGUCAUGUCAAUGAUGUCAUGACAUCUGCCAGAAGGGAGUCUGCAUCCAAAGGAAGUCUCAUUGACCAACUGAAAGAGACCUGCAAGGAAUUGGACAAUGGAAUAAAGGUGGCAAAAGCUAGAAAAGAGGCUUUAGAAGUUCUCAUCUGUAGCCUGGAAAGGGAAGGCAGAGAAAAGGCUGGAAAGGAAUCAAAUACAAGAUCCCAAUCCUAUUCUGGAAGCUCAGAAGACUCUGAAGGUGUAGCUGAAGAUGAAGAUGAAGUCCUCAUGAUGCCUGUUUCGUAA